AUGGGGAGGCGGGAGAGCAAAACGAUGGUGAAGCGUCUGUUGAUUCCCGAGGACAUGCUAAUUCCCGAUUCCAAAGAUCCAUUAUUGGAGUUGUUGCAGUUUGUAUAUCCGGAUUUGUUGAGUAACAUAUCAAAUCCCGAUUACUUCCAAGGGAGGGCGGUGCUUGUGCCGACUAAUGACUGCGUUGAGUUUGUCAACGAAUACUUAUGUUCCCUCCUUCCCGGCGAAGAGAAGUUGUACCUCAGUGCGGAUAGUAUGUGCAAUGAUGAGAUGAGUUCGGAAGAGAAUGCUCAAAUUUAUACGACCGAAUUCCUCAACACCGUGUCUUGCUCCGGUCUCCCUUCACAUAGGCUGAAACUCAAGGAAAAUGUUCCUGUUAUGCUCAUACGAAACAUCGACCAGGCGAGAGGCCUUUGCAAUGGAACCAGACUUCAAGUUGUUAGAAUGGGAACUCAUGUUCUUAGCUGCAAGGUUCUAUCUGGCAAAAAUACCAGUGAUGUUGUUUUCAUUCCUCGAAUGACGUUGGUCCCGUCGAACUCUACUCUGCCAAUUAAGUUCCAGAGGCGACAAUUUCCACUGAUGAUUUCCUUUGCAAUGACCAUCAACAAGAGUCAGGGUCAAACACUUUCUCACGUUGGUUUGUAUCUACCCAGACCUGUAUUCAGCCACGGUCAGUUGUACGUUGCACUCUCGAGAGUCAAGAGUAGAUCUGGCAUAAAGAUCCUAAUCAAGUCCGAAUCCGGUGGGUUGUCGAGUUCAACUAGCAACAUUGUUUACAAAGAAAGAUUAUCGACAUACCGUUCGCCAUGGGUUUCGAUAGAGACGAUGAACGAUAGCAAUCUACAAGCCGAGCCUAGCCAGGCCUCCUUCGAAUCUCUUUUGAGAGAAGUUGACGUUUCGUCCAUUCCAAUGUAUCCAUUUAAGUUCACAUCUUACGCAGAUAUCCAACAAGCGUUGAACAACAAUGAUUAUGCGAUAGGUCCAUUGGCUCACCUAGCGGGUGGAACCAAACAGAACAUUCCAUUUGAACUUGAAGAUAUUGAGUAA